AAAGGGACGGAGAUAUUGGUAUUUUGAGGGGGAAAAAGUUGAGUUUUGAGGAGUUCAUUUGGUGGCCAUGGAUCCAACAUGCUCUUCUGAGAGUAUUUAUAACCUCAUACCCAGUGACUGGAAGGAGCCUCCCCAGCCUCCUAGGUACAUAUCAACCUUUAAGACAGCUGUAAAAGAGGACAUGCAAAAAUUUAAAACUGCAAUGAAAACUAUGGGACCACCAAAAAUUGAAGUACCUUCUCCAAAGGAUUUCCUGAAGAAACAUUCAAAGGAAAAAACUCUACCACCCAAAAAAACGUUUGAGCGGGAUAAGCCCAAAAAGCCUCCUGUGCCACUGAGGACUGAUCAUCCAAUCAUGGGAGUACAGAGUGAAAAAAAUUUCAUUAAUACAAAUGCAGCCGAUGUCAUUAUGGGAGUGGCUAAAAAGCCUAAACCAAUUUAUGUUGACAAAAGAACUGGAGACAAGCAUGAUCUUGAAACUUCUGGACUAGUGCCAAAGUACAUCAAUAAAAAGGAUUAUGGUGUCACGCCUAAAUAUAUAUGUAAGCGAAAUGAGGAAGUAAAAAAUGCCCAGGAAGAGUAUGAUAACUAUAUCCAGGAAAGCCUUAGGAAAGCAGCUAUGAAAAGGCUGUCUGAUGAAGAAAGGGAAGCAGUGCUGCAGGGUCUGAAAAAGAACUGGGAAGAGGUACAUAAAGAGUUCCAGUCCCUCUCAGUCUUCAUUGAUUCCUUACCAAAGAAGAUCCGCAAGCAGAGGCUGGAAGAAGAAAUGAAGCAACUGGAACAUGACAUUGGUGUGAUUGAAAAGCACAAAAUUAUUUAUAUCGCCAAUAAGUAAUAAUGGGUUUUUAAAGUAUAGUCAUUUUAAUAUAGGAAAGAAAACAUGGAAAACAUACAAAUGAAACUAAGUUUUUCAAAGAGGAAAACACUAUGAAGAGAAUAAAAACCCUCUUUACCAAAAUGCUUAGGAAAUGUCUGAAAAUUAAUUGGAUUUUUUCUUACACAAGAAAUUUUUUUUUUUUAACAGUUUCAGGUUUUUUGCCUAUAAACUAAUUCAAGUUUGAUGUUAUCUGUUCCAGUUCCAUAGUGUGUUAUUAUUAUGUACCUGUUUCACAUAAACAUUAAUUUCUGAGCCCUGAAAAAUAAAGUCAGCACUCAGAACUUACAUUUUUUUCUACACUACUCAAUUCAAGGAACACAUUAAAAAUUGUUAAGUAUUUUGAAUUGGAAAUAGUGGUGUAUGCUUUCUUACUACAUAUUGUUUUCUACAUAUUGUUUCAGAGCUCCACAAACUUAAAAUCUUAUAUUCUCUGGUAACUUCUGUCAUUUGCAGAUAUUCCCCAACUCUAAAUAUUUUCAAUAUCCACAAUGCUAUGUAUGCUGAAAGGCUUAUAUUUGGAGGAAGAAAUAUUAAGAAGAUAACAUAAAAUCAAGGAGACAACUUAUAAAAUACACCAUUACAGAGAAUAGCCUCCUUCCUAACUUCCAACUGUAAAAAACUUUGCUACUCUAGCUGGUGGAGGGAGUUGGAGGGGGUUAUAGGCAGGAAAAAUAGUAAACAAAGAAACAAAAACAGAAAACCAAGUUUGCUACUCUAGGUGCCUUAUUCUAUAAUUCACUAUAUGUAUUUCACUAGAAUGAGAUGUUACUUUUUCUUUUUGGCCCUUCCAAUCUAUGAACAUAGGAUGUAUUUCCAUU